AUGGCAAUUCCAACCUUGAGCACAGUUGAUAAUGACCUAAAAGAUGUAAUCCAGCACCUUUUCGAGAUUCAGUCUGCUGUCCAUGGCUAUCUGGGUCCUGAAACGCAGCAGGAACUUGUGCGAAAGAUCAAGAAUCUCACCAUAGCACUCUCAACGCUAUCCACGCACACCGAUCUCGAUCAUCAACGACCAGACACACAGGAAGCUACAGCGGAAUCGUCGCCUGGGAACAAUGCCUUUCCCUCUGAUCCCCCACUGUCGUCCAUCCACCUCCCUCCUGAGAUAAUCGACUACGUUGAGGCAGCUAGGAACCCAGAUAUCUACACGCGAGAGUUCGUCGAGUUAGUGCAGCGUGGCAAUCAGGAUCUUCAUGGGAAGAAGCUUGCUUUUGCGGGGUUCCGGGAUGUGCUCGCGAGGGAGAUGAGGAGCGCCAUGCCGGAAUGUAGGGAGGAGGUCGAUAGAGUUGUUGCUGCUACUGGCGGUGCUAGUGGUGAGACGAAACCGGGGGAGUGA